AUGCUCAAAACAUACCACCACAUCUCCUCAAUCAAAGGCCUCUCGAGCAUCACCACGCUCAUCACGAGCGCAAACAGCCAGUCCGCGAUCCUAAUCGACCCGCCCUUCCUGAUCCCAGACGCCCACUCCGUCAUCGCCUGGAUCCACGCGACCUCACCCAAUGCUGACCUGAAAGCCAUCUUCGUCACGCAUCACCACCCAGACCACUUCUUCUCCGCCAACCCCAUCCUCGACGCCUACCCGGCCGCCAAGUUCUACGCCGCCCCCUACGUCCUGGCCGGCAUUGAGCGCGAAUACGCCGAGAAGGUCGCCUACUGGCCCUCCGUGCUGGGCGCCGAGAACGUGCCCGCGACCCCGCGCAAGCCCGAGCCGUUCCCAUUCAGCUUCUUCCUGCUGGAAGACGAGGGGGAUGACGAACCCGCCAAUAGUCCGAUCGUCUUGUUGGGUCCGUUGCAGGGCGAUGCGAUCGAUCAUACGGUGUUUUGGUUGCCGAGGGAGCGCACGGUGAUUUGUGGGGAUACGGUUUAUGGGCGGAGUACGCAUGUUUGGGUCGAAGAAGUCGAAAACCCCGCCCUCCUCGAAGCCUGGCGCAAGACCCUCGAUCUCAUCACCCAUCUCCACCCGACCAAGCUCAUCCCGGGCCAUCUGGAGCGCGGCUGGGAGCUCAACUGCGCCGAGGACCUGGCCCACACUCGGCGGUACCUGGACCUGUUCGCCGAGCGGGUGACCUACGCGCCGGAGAAGCCGCAGGUCCAGGAGCUGUACGACUUCUUCCGCGACGAGUUCCCGCAGUGCCGCGAGAACCUGGAUUUCUUCCUGGGCCAUAUGGCGAAUCAGUUCGGCGAGGGCGGCACCGUCUGGGAGGAGAAUCGUCAUCAGGAUGUUGCGAAGCGGACUUUGGGCGGGUUGUGUGGGUAUUGGUUCAAGUAA